AGCGGUUCAGUCAGCUGAUUCAAGCGCUAGUGCACCGCUGUCUAUGCCAUCCGGCCAUUGUGACCCAGUCGACAAGCGUUAUUUUGUUCGUGCCUUUAGUCUGAAAGAUUGACGGCUGACUUCAACGGCUAAGUAAUAAAACGUAAAAAUAAGCAUUUAAAAUAACAACAACCGAACGGAUAGACAAGUGUCACUGUAAUUCGCUUUACGGAGUAGGACACUCGUGCUCUUCAUCGAAAGUAGCCAGCUGACCUCCGGUGUGUAGAUGAAUUACGAGCAGCCUCCACCGUACACCGGGCCUGGACCCACGGCUCCAGGAUACCCCCCACCCAAUGCUCCAGGAUACCCUGCUCAAGGAUACCCACCUCAGGGAUUCCCACCACAAGGAUACCCUGCACAGGGAUACCAAGGAUUUCCAGCCCAGACUGACCAGCCCAACCCUGGUUACCCGAAUUACCCUCCUGGUCCUCCUGGAUCAUUCCCAGUCCAGCCAGGGUGCCAGGGAUACCCACAACAACAGUAUGGAGGCCCGAUGUAUGGAGAACCUCCCAAAAAUACAGUGUAUGUGGUGGAGCAGGGGAGGCGUGAGGAUUCUGGGGAUCAGGCGUGUCUAACUGCAUGUUGGACGGCUCUGUGCUGCUGCUGUCUCUGGGACAUGUUGACCUAGAAUAAUACCAAUAAUAUGAAUGCACUGUGAGCCCAGCCUUCAUUUGUAACAAUAUUUUACUCCACAUUUCAAUCCUUAUGUAUGACUACUGAAUAAUUUUUUGUCGUUGUUUAGUCACUUUUCUGUAGCCCAGCCUGGAUGAUGAGCACGAUAUGCACUGAGAGAUAUUUACACAUGAUUGCAUUGAUCUUAUUUGUUGAAGCAUAUUAAACCGAAUGUUUUUAUUAUUUGUCCAUUGAGAAAAUAAUGUAAUCUCUUUAUUAAUGAAUGCAGAAGUACAAAUUUAGCUUGAGCAUAGACAAGAUUUGAUAAUCAGAAAUGGCCUUGCAAAGUCUAUGAAUGUAUUUAAUCAAUUCUUGCUAAGAAAUUUGUGGUGAAAUGUCAAUCAAGGAAAAAUUUGUUUCCGUUAAUAAAAUAAUAGAAAUGAUCUUUGUUUGCUAUUUCAGAUGUUCUUUAAAAACAUUUACAGAUGUGUCCACUAUGCCUCUAUGAAUCGAUUCAAUCUUGUGAACAUGUUAAAAAUGAGGCAACAGACCAGGGGCCUGUGUAUAAAACGUCUCACAAAUGCUCGUAAGAAUUGUCUUG